UAAAAAAGGCCUAAACCCCUGCAGUGGUGAUAUAAAAUGAUCAGUCCGAUCACGAUGAUAUACACAGUCAAACAUAUGUUAUUGACAAUUUUUAUUGUUUGCAAAAUAAAAAAUUGCAUGAUUUGUCAACAAAUAUUCCCAUAUCCAGGCUAUGUGAAAUGGACUAUAAUAAUAUUAUAAAGCUGAAGAGUUUAAAUAAAGCUGAAGAAUUUGUUUUGUACUGAUCUGAAAUGAAAAAUUUUUGUUUUGUCCGAAUGGAAGGCUUAACAUCAGGCUAUUUGUUGUUGUAAUAGCAACAGAUAUACAUCAUCUGUGAAAAUUUCAACUGUCUAACUACAGUCUUGUGACAGACAGUAGAGUCUUAGUAAUAGGUUCCCGUUUUACCCUUGGCGUAUGGAACCCUAAAAUGAACCAGUUUUACAAUAAUCUCUUUUAUUUAUGCAUAUUAGGCUACAAUGACGGUCGGUUGCACAAAUAUCCUUUAAAGUUUAAUGACUCCUUUAAGCUCUAAUGUAUGGGUACUGCCGUUUUAAGCUAAUGACUAUUUUAAUGGAUGUUUGUACAACUGGUUGUGAGACGUUAAUCUAGUUUGGUAACAGAUACUUAAACAAAAUAUCUUUCAAAAUUCAAGUUAAAUAAGUAACCAAAACCUGAUACAAUAAUAAAAAUACUACCUAGGUACUUGACUUGUCAACAGUAUAUGACUAUGUGAGUGACUACAUAGAGAUGUCUGCUGCUGCCGAUGCGUUGCCGGCGUCGAGCGCCGGCGCCUCAGGUCCAGCGGUGCCCGCACCUACUAAAUGUAGCCCUGCCGCCAAACACAUUGUACAUUGGUUCCGAAAGGGGUUGCGACUUCACGACAACCCUGCUUUGAGGGCAGGCCUAAACGGUGCGGCCACAUUCCGCUGCGUCUUUAUCAUAGAUCCUUGGUUCGCCAGCUCAUCUAACGUUGGAAUAAACAAAUGGAGAUUCCUUUUACAAUGUCUCGAAGACUUGGACUGCAGCUUGAGAAAGCUGAACUCUAGGCUGUUCGUCGUGCGUGGCCAGCCUGCGGAUGCUCUACCAAAGCUGUUCCGAGAAUGGGGGAUCACUGAACUCACUUUUGAAGAAGACCCGGAACCUUAUGGCCGUGUCCGAGAUCACAAUAUUAUGUCAAAAUGCCGUGAAUUUGGCAUUAACGUUGUAUCUAGAGUUUCGCACACCUUGUAUAAAUUAGACAAGUGAGUAUUUAUGUAUUUAUAUAAUUAUUGGUAAGUAUCUUAAAGUAGAUGCUAGACGUGCGAGUAAGUACGCGAACUGGUAGCUUGACGACCUUUUCUGCUGUGUAAUAAUGUGUGUCAGUUUAAGUACGUGUACUUUCCGUACCUACGUAAAAAGGUCGUCGAGUCACAAGUUCGCGUACUUAAUCGCACGUCUAUCACCCACUUAAGACGUUUUUACUGUGAUUUUAAUGAUACGAAAUUAGCCAACAAUUAUUGCCAUCGUGAAUUGACACGUUUUAAUAUUUUAGAAUCAUCGAGCGUAAUGGUGGGAAAGCACCUCUUACUUACCACCAGUUCCAGGCGUUGAUUGCUAGCAUGCCGCCUCCGCCACCUGCUGAAGCUACUCUCUCAGCACAGACCCUUAACGGCGCCACCACGCCAAUCACAGACGAUCAUGACGAUCGUUUUGGCGUUCCCACUCUCGAAGAAUUGGGAUUUGAGACAGAAGGAUUAAAACCCCCUGUGUGGGUUGGUGGUGAAAGCGAAGCUCUAGUAAGAUUGGAGCGACAUUUAGAGAGGAAGGCUUGGGUGGCAUCUUUCGGGCGGCCCAAAAUGACGCCUCAAUCUCUCCUAGCCAGCCAAACGGGUUUGUCGCCAUACCUGAGGUUUGGCUGCUUGUCCACAAGAUUAUUUUAUUAUCAACUCACUGAAUUGUAUAAGAGGAUAAAAAGAGUGCAACCGCCAUUAUCUCUGCACGGCCAAAUUCUGUGGAGAGAAUUCUUUUACUGUGCAGCGACCCGAAACCCCAACUUCGACCGUAUGGAGGGGAACCCAAUAUGCGUCCAAAUACCAUGGGAAAGAAAUCAAGAGGCUCUAGCGAAAUGGGCGAAUGGUCAAACUGGAUUUCCCUGGAUCGACGCAAUCAUGAUCCAAUUGCGACAAGAGGGCUGGAUACACCAUCUAGCGAGGCACGCUGUCGCAUGUUUCCUAACGAGAGGUGACCUUUGGAUAUCAUGGGAAGAAGGAAUGAAGAUAUUUGAUGAACUGCUACUUGACGCAGAUUGGUCAGUGAAUGCAGGAAUGUGGAUGUGGUUGUCUUGCUCAUCGUUUUUCCAACAAUUUUUUCACUGUUACUGCCCUGUUCGUUUUGGAAGAAAAACUGAUCCUAACGGUGACUUCAUCAGGCGAUAUAUACCAGCGUUGAAGAAUAUGCCAACUAGAUAUAUUCACGAGCCUUGGGUGGCACCAGAGUCGGUACAACAGUCUGCGCGCUGUAUCAUCGGUCGACAUUACCCUUUACCAAUGGUUGAUCACAACAAAGCGUCACAGAUCAACAUUGAACGCAUAAAACAAGUUUAUGCACAACUAGCCAAAUACAAACCACAAGCUAUAUUGAACCCACAAAUGUUGCAAAGGCCCAACGUAAUACAGUCGUCACCUAGUCCGACUACUAUUAUAGCAAAUAUCAAUCAAUCGAAUUACUUGUGCAGUCAAACUUCUGAGGCCCAAUCCACAGCGACUGUACAAAGUUCGACUUUUAAAAAUUCAAAUGUGUUCCUACAUCCCGGUAAUAACAAUUCGCGGCAUGACCUAAAACAACCUCAAUUCAAACAGGUAGUCAUUGUACAGAAACAAAAUAAUACAAAUCUUCAAAAGGUAUGCCCACCGCCACAGUCGGAUUAUGUUAUUAAUGGACAAGUAAAUAGUCCAUAUAAAAACAAUGAAGAUAUUGAAAGAGUACAAAAAUCAAGCAAGAGUGAAAACUAUAACUUCAAAAAUUUGGAUAUAAACCAGUAUAUACAGGAUUAUUCCAGUAAUAAAGAAACAUAUCAAAGUCAGCAACAACGCACAGAAGAAAUUUAUCAACAAGAUAAAGCCAAUAAUUUUGAAUUUGUAAAACCCAAAUUUUACUUGCCAUAUCCAAAUAAUGGAAUUGUGCAUAAUAAUCACGCGCACGAGACACCAAAAGACGGACAUUUCACUCAUGAUCACAACUAUGAUAAAGAAACGAGUAAUGAAGCGAAGAAGGAUAAACAAAUGCUUAAUAAUUGUAUACAAUAAUUCUCAACUGUGUUAGAUGAAAGGCAUUAUCAUAGUUACAAAGAAAUAGAUCGACCAUAAAAAUAAAUAAUUGUAGAUCUUUAUACGAAAAAUAAGAUAUCAAUAAAACUAAUUGAAAUAUAUGAAUUAAAUUUAUAUUGGCGCAGCUAACUAGUUAAAACAGCCGUUCAAUCGGCCCUUAAUUGAGUAGUUGAACACGUUUUCCAGUACGGCUGGAUAAAUCCAACUGGUUAUAAUAAUUUUCUUGCCAAGGCAAAACUUCAGCAAAGCUUUUUUUUUUGUGACGCUGAGAAAUGCCUGACGCAUACCCGCUUCACCCUGCGCGGGCUCCACAGGUUAUGUGGGACUCCUCCUGCGGCCCCACCCCCGAAGGGGCUAGACAAAAAGCAAGAGUUUACCCACUAAAACUCAGCGAUGUCCCUCGCAUAGAACUAUCGAAACUAGACUUAACACAGCGCCGGCUCGACGAUGAUGGAGGAAUAUAUUGAAAAGAACGUUACGGCGGCUUUCAAAUCAGCUAUCCAAUUGAAUGUUAUAAAUGUAUG